CGAGGCUUCGGUGAUAGACCUUGAAACAAUCGCAAUAUGUUUGGUGCCAUGUGUUUACAGCCUUUUAACCGUUCUGUUGUAUAUAGACCAAGGGCUUGGAAGGACGAAUAAGCUCACCACCAAGCUUCUCAUCUCAUCUACACAAGCAUCCUUCACUUCCAUUCUCUUCUCUUACCAAUUAACGUUCUUUCCAACAACCCAACUUUCCUCAAAAUGGUUGCCUUCAGCUCUCUCGUCCUCGGCCUCAGCGCCAUCGCCGGCUCUGCCUACGCCGCACCCACUGCCGAUGUCCCUGACUUCGAGCUUGGAAGCAAGGCUCUUGCCACCCGCCAGGACUACAACCAGAACUACAAGACCUCCGGCAACGUUCAGUUCUCCCCCACCAACAACGGUUACUCAGUCAACUUCUCCAACGCCGGCGACUUCGUCGUAGGAAAGGGCUGGACCAAGGGCACAACCCGCAAGAUCAACUUCCAGGGUUCCACCUCCCCCUCGGCAGGAACCGUCCUUGUCUCCGUCUACGGCUGGACCACCGGUCCCUUGAUCGAGUACUACAUCCAGGAGUACACCUCCAACGGCGCCGGUUCCGCCCAGGGCACCAAGAUGGGCCAGGUGACUUGCGACGGCUCUGUCUACGACAUCUGGAAGCACACCCAGGUCAACCAGCCUUCUAUCCAGGGAACUACCACCUUCACCCAGUACAUCAGCAACCGUGUUAACAAGAGGCCCGGCAGCGGCACUGUUACCACCAAGUGCCACUUCGACGCUUGGGCCAAGCUCGGCAUGAACUUGGGUCAGCACAACUACCAGACUCUUGCUACUGAGGGCUGGGGUAACGCUGCUGGAAAGUCCCAGUACACCAUCACUGGCUCAUAGAUUCUCGACUAUGAGACAAGGCACUGAGUGCCGAUAACAAGGAGACUGGCUACUGGCGCAGCGUAGUGGUUGAGUUGAGGAGGAAGAUGUUUGGCUGUUGAUGGCUUUCUUGUUGUAGAUUCUUGGUUCUGUUCGUUCCUUUCGAUUUCGAUUCUCUUUGGGGUCUUGACAUACCCCUUGCAUGUACAUAUUGCACCUUUAUAUAUAAACAACUAUCCUGGUUCUGUUGUCCUGAGGACAGACAGCAAAACAACUUUCCAUUGCUACAUGUGAC